CUGAUGCCUCGUGAUGCUUAUUUGAUUCGAUGGGUGAUAAUUGUGGAAGGAAAACUCACUGACUAAUGUUUUUUAAUUUAGGAUAAAGAGUGACUGAAUGUUUUAUGUUGUGACAUUCACGCACAAGAAACCAUGCUCCAUUCAUAUAAUAACAAAUCAAACAUGUACUUUGUAUUCAUAGAUUGCGACCUGGAUGCGUUUAGAGACAUCAAGCCGUUCCAGCAACUGCCCAAGUCAAAGGAUUGCGAAAGAUACAGUGAUUUACCUACGAACGGUUUCUUGAACUGGGCAGCAUGUGCACCCCAGGCUAUUCGCUACACCGACAUGCCUCCUCUUCAGCGCGUACACUCAGCUCCAAGAGAGGAGGUGAUGUUUUUCAACGUACAGAAAUGCUACGAGAAGGUGCAAUGCCGAAAGAAUAAAAAGUCGAAACAGCGUGUUCAGGGGGGUACAAUCAACUUGAGAGUGACGACCGACCACCCGAUAGCUAAAGUUGAAGUGUACGUGGAGAGACUGCCUAAAGCCGCGGUACUUUGUGGUGAUAGUAAUGGAAGAGUUCCCCUCAAGCUCAAAAUGGAAAACCUUAUGUAUUCUGAUGUAGGUAUCAAUUCUUUUGUCGUUAAGAUGUUACUUAUGCUGAUAAUAUAGGCAUGAGGGAUUGUGCUUAGUUAGAACAGAGCAAAAACCCUUUAGUAAUCUAAGAAGCCAUAGACUACGAAUAGUAUAAAGAACCCACACCAUAAGAAUUAAUUCACAGUGUCAAAUGUUAGAGCCAAAUUCAGAAUGUACUCCUCCGAUACAGACACAAAUAAAAAGUAACGCGGAUAAAUCUGAUAUCGACCAACGUUAACGUUUCGGUGUCAUGGUUAAUUAGCCAUUUUCAAAGUGUCAGGUCGAUUAACUGAAAUAGUUUGCUUUAACUUCCACAAUGUUCAAUAUAUUACAAACUUUGCACUGUACAAUUAUUUACAAAUUAAAUCAGAUUGACAUUAAUACUGCAUAAGGUACCACUCAGAAAGUGUCAUUUUCCUUUCCCAGGACAAGAUUUUAUUCGCAGACUUAGACGCCAGAACAAAGUUACACUGUAUACGACAUAGGGGUAGCUUUCAUUCUAAUAAUUACACUUUCAGACUUUCAACAAAUUCUCAAAAUUAGACCUGUCUUGUACACCAUAAUCAGCGUAUAAAGUUUCGCUGUGAAUGUUUACAUUUUGUUUUAUCCUCAGACUCAAAAUUGGAGCCAACUUAUCAGCGAAAUAGAAUGCUACUACUGAUAAAAGCUCUGCUUAAUAGCUUUAAUAGUCUAGGAUUUAACAUUUUUCAUGUGUUUAGAAACAGCAUCUUAAAAUUGCUUAUGUUGUGAUGUUGCUUGUGAUGGUUUUCUUGUAUUGUUUUGAAGUGAUUCAACUUGACAUUCUCUUCUAUGCUUUUUCUUUCCCCAUAGAAUUAUCAAAGACAGGACCAGUACUUCUCAGUGGAUCUCGACUCUGUGUAUGAUAACCCGAUAACUGGUCUCCCUGUGUACAAACUUUCUACUGUGGACUCCGACAGGCGGAAUCGUUUCUGGCUUGUAGCGUAUGUCAUGUAUGCUAACAGCCGCAGAAGUCAGCCAUUCUACAGCGAACCAUUUUUGCUCAAGAGCAAGAGAAGCUCCAAGUCUUCUCCUUAUUGAAAGACAUUUGUUGAAAGGCAUUUAUAAAAAGUAUAAAUUGUUUGGAAGGCAAACUGAAGGGCAACUUUUAAACGAAGGGAACGAACAGUGUGCUCGUUUUGCUAGUUCUUCGGUUACUCGCGUGAAAACAUUUCAAACUACUGCUACUGUCAAGGUUAAGCACGUUUUGGCGCCAGAAAAAGGGAGAUCACUUUGCAUGGUUGCACUUGAAUU